AUGGCUUGGAGUGUUGGCUACCGUAAUGUGAUCAUUGAAAAUGAUUCUUCUUCUGUAAUCACUCUGCUAACCAAAAAUGGUGUAGCAAUCUGUGAGUGUCUUCUGAUAUCUCGUAUACGGAUAUGGGUACAAAGAAACUGGGCAGUGUCUUUUCAGCAUACUUACAGGGAGGGGAAUUCUUGUGCGGAUUGGUUGGCUAAUUCCAUUUUAGAUGAUCGUGAGCAUAUUUCUAAAAGAAUCUGGUGGGAGCCUCCUCUAUGUAUUAGGCUUCUGUUGAUGGCUGAUUUGGCUUCUGUUAGUAGACCACAUGAUGUGGUGUGUAGCCUUUAA